GCUCUCGCCAUCCCGGAAGAAGUGUUGACCAUCAUCAGUAUGAUUCGACGAAAGCAAGAGUACGAUUUAUUCCCAAUAUUAUACAGACAGUGAGUUUUUUGUCUUUUAUUGGGUUCGUCGUGUUCCGUUGCUGACGAAACAUUCGCCAUGGGCACUGAACAAAGUACUGACAACAAUUCUCAAAGCAAUCGUGACAAGGAUCAAGAAACACCUCCGCCCUACACUUCGUAUUCUGUUGACAGACAACAGUCACAACAAGAUGCACCAAAGGAGAAGUUGUCUCAAGACCCGGCAAAUGCUGGUGUCAAUUCUAAAUCAAUACCACAAGCCAAACUAGAAGAUAUCGUGGUUGUACGAAUGGCGCAGAAAGACAAUGUGUCAAUGAACUCAGAAUUGGAAAAACUUCACGAUAUUCCCACGUUCUUACCAAUCAUGCGAGGUGCUUUGAACAUACCAAAUAUGGAAGACCCGAACGUGUUGGACAAAAUAGAUUCCAAGCAAGCUUUACUGCUGUGUGUGCGUUACCAGGAACAUAUGAAACAGUGUGCAGAGGCUGUGUCGUUUGAUCAAAACGCCCUGGCUCACAGGAUAAAAGAGGUAGAUGUGGCGAUUCACUCCAUAAUGCACAGCAUGGUGGAACGACAGAAGAAGUUUGCAAAAUAUGCGGAACACAUACAGAAAAUAGAGGAGAUGUCAGCAGUGUUGAAACGGGUGCAAAUGAGUGUAGAUCAGUUAGUUCCUUUGAUGGACAGACUCAAUAGUGUGUUACCUGAUGAAGAUAGACUAGAACCCUUCAGUAUGAGACCAGAGAAAAAAAUUAACUAG